AUGAAGCUAUCCGCUGUCACACUCUUGGCUCUGACCACUGGCACUCUAGCUGCCCCGGUUCUUGAAGAGCGCGGUGGGCACGUCGAAUACCAGUACUACGAAAGGAAGAAUGGCGGUGAAUGGACUCUGAUCCCUUACAAUCCCGGCUGCAAAUGCCCUGAGCCAGUCUGCCCUGGGCCAAAGCCUGUGGUUGACUAUCAUCCGCCCAAGCCUUAUCAUCCCAAGCCUCAGCCCAAGCCGUACUAUGAGCCAAAGCCUAUUUAUCACAAGCCAAAGCCUGUAUACCACGAGCCAAAGCCUCACUACUACAAGCCUGAGCCAAAGCCUUAUCAUCCCAAGCCUUACUAUCCCAAGCCGGAGCACAAGCCUUACCAUCCUAAGCCGGAGCACAAGCCACCUCACUAUCCCAAGCCCGAUCACAAGCCUGAUCACAAGCCUGAUCACAAGCCUGACCAUAAGCCUUACCCCAGGCCCGACCACAAGCCCGACCACAAGCCUGAUCACAAGCCUGAUCACAAGCCUGAUCACAAGCCUGAUCACAAGCCUUACCCCAUGCCAGAGCACAAGCCCGAUCGUCAGCCCGACCACAAGCCCGAUCGCAGGCCCGACAACCAUUAUCCCGCCCCUGAUGGCAAGCGAGACUAG